AUGAACCAAGAGAUUUAUUCUUCCUCCCAAGAAAACAAGCUACCAAGGACUGAGACAGAUCCAUUCGCAGGCUACCGGAAAGGAGAUGCAUGGUGUAAAGAAUAUGAAAUGGAUAACAAAAUGUUCGUUAAGGAAACAACGUGCCAGUAUAAUGGUGACGAUGGCACUGAAUGCAAUGAUCCUGAUUCUCAGAAAGCAAAUAUGAUUGGGGAAAGCACUUGGUUGAGCGACUCAAAUCCCUUCAAAAAAUGCAACUUUAAAUCAAUUGAUGAUAAUUCUACUUUCAAGAGUCAGAGAGGUGAUUCAUCUUCAGCAAUGUAUGAAACUCCGGCUACCACCAUUGGUAGCAGUACGACUGGUACACAGUAUCCAAUCAAACAAGAUUACGGAUUUGGCGCUAACAAGAGUUUCAAAGAUUCAAAUACGCAUCUUCUCAGCAAAAUAAGAAUUCAGCAGCUUUGUGAAGGCAAUGGAGGAACUGGAACUGAAGAUUCAUAUAAUUUCAACGAGACAGAUAUUCAAUGUUGUCAAUUGAUGGCGCAAAAUCAGCAACGCAUUAAUACUAUGGAUGAACGUGGAUCUCUUGAUCUCGAGCUUGGAACCUUCAGUGGCGUUAGUUCCAAUCUCUCUCUGGAUUUCCAGCAGUUGGGCUAUCAAUACACAUACACCCCUUAUCGUCCUUACACAUUUAUUGCUCCACCACAACGUUGGCAACCAGAGAAUAAACCGGAAAUUGUUUCCAGUCUCCCAAAUAUGGAUGAUUGUACGGAACCUCCAGUAUCAAGUAACGAAAAUUUAUGUUCCAACAAGUCCUGGGUAACAGCACGUUCGAUUUAUACCAAUGAACCUUAUGUCAGAGAUCUUUGCAACAAGCUACGGAGUAAUAAGAGAUUGGAGAAAGCAACACCAAAGGCGGUUUUCAACAAGCCUGUUCCGCAUUGUAAAGUGACCAAACCUUCAGACGUGUCUCAUCAAAGUGGCGAUGAUAAGCAGAAGAAGGUUUCAAAGAGAUUUUCAUGGUUGCAUUUUUCAAGACAUCAUUGCGAUAUUAAGGCUUCACCUCCAAAGCAGGUGCAAUUCUCUACUAAGAAAAGAAUAUUAAGCUUCAAAAAACUGGAAGACUGGAAAAUAUUUCAAGGCAAUGCCGUUCAAAGCAAUGAAAAUCCAGUACCGUUAGAUUCCGCAUUAACCUCAUUUGAUGUUACAGCAGGUCGGAACUGUAGCACCAAAAAGGAAAGCAAGUCUAACCAGAACAGCUCCCAUCCUUUCAAAGCAAUAUUUUCCAAGUUUGGAGUACUCUUGCAAAAGAAAAAUAAGAAGCCAAAGGAUUCAACAAAACGACACUACCAAAAACUUAGACUAUUCAUUCACAAAUUCUCCUGGCUAAAGAAUUGCGAAGAAAGCCUAGCAAAAGAAGAGUCGAAGAAGCAAGUGAUUCCUUCAGCUUCCAUACAAGCAAAUAUUCGUGGUUGUUUAAAAGUGGCGAUCAACCCAAACGAAAAGCAAGAGUUGGUUCGAGUUAAUUGUUGUGAUCAGGUGGAUGCACAUGAAAAAUCACAAUUUGAAGCUUUGUAUAAAAAAAUACAGCAGCAAACAGAGUAUUCUCCUCAAAAAUACAGACUGCAACAGGCGAUGGCAUAUUACGAUCGUGUAAAACUGGAAACGUCAAAGGUACGAUCGGCAGUUUCAUAG